ACUAUGCCUAUUACUACUGCUAAUACUACUACCACCACUAUAUCCCCAACUACGGUUACCCCUCCUGCCACCACUGUCCUGAAAUGUGAUAACGGAGGGGAGCCAGAGAACGGUGUCUGCAUCUGUCCUGAUGAAUGGACUGGAGUAACAUGCUCAGAAGAAAACUUCUGCGAAGAGCAGCAGCUAGGAGGCUUCAGGUUCCCUCGUACACCCAUCGGCUGGUUUGCGUAUUCUGAGGAAAAAUGUGAAGAAGGAAUGAGUGGUGCUGGUAAACCUCGGGCUUCAACCAGAUGUUUGUCUGUGAAUGGAUCACCAGGUUUCAGCCCUCCACAGAUCCUCCAGUGUAACCUGUUGCUCAGCGACAUACAAAAAAAUCUUACAAGUUCAGCUGAUUUAGAGACACUAGCAACCAGCACUCAGAUUCUGACAUCAAAAGCAGAAGAGCUGACGGCUGAAAAUGUUACAGCAGCGGCUGAGAUAGUCAACACACUGCUGCUGUCUGCAAAUGCCACAGAGAGUGUCAGAGUGUCAGCAGUAGCAACAGUCAGUCAGCUGCUGAACGCCACUGUGCCAGAUGACACCAAGGAAAACAACGCAACUCUGGGGCUGACGGUGACUCUGGACCAGCUCUCAGUGAACCUCAGCCUCAGUCAAAAUACAUCUCAAUCUCAAGUGGUUCAGCCGAACCUGGUGGUCCAGUCGGCACAGAUCCCUGCUGCAGACACUCACGGAGUCCAGUUCACCUCUCUCAGAGGGAUUUCUGGGAAUUUUUUGCCCAACAGAAUUCAUCUGAACACAAAUGCAACACAGGUCGUGAUGGAAAACAGUUUCAUAGCUGAUGCCCUCAUUUACAUACGAUUCCCGCCAGGCGAAGAUGCCAGAAGUCGUCAGACAGACUUGAACGUCUCUCUGGGUUUCGUUCUCUAUCAGAACGAUCGUUUCUUUCGUUCAAAACUCUACAUGAGGCGACGGGCCACCAUCAGGGUCCUGUCAGCAAGCGUCAGAGGGCAGGAACCCAACAAGGUCCCACAACAUGUGGAGAUGAUGUUCAGACCAAGAGCCAGUAAUGUUGUGGGGAUGGAGCUGGACUCCCUCAAGGUGGUGUUGGAGAGGCGGAUCUUGUCCAAGAUAAAGACAAUGUUGGAUAACACCUCCCACCCACUCCAUGACAUGCUGCUGAUCAAUGGGACGUCUCUGUACGACUUCUCCUGCGUUUUCUGGAACUACAGUCAGAAGGACUGGAGCACCAGCGGCUGCUCUAAAGGAAACACUUCAGAUGGACUCAUGAGAUGUUUCUGUAACCACACCACCAACUUUGCUGCCCUCUGGUCAUUCAGAGAGAACUACGAGUAUGCAGAAGCUCUGGGUGCGAUCUCCAUCGUGGGACUCUCUCUUUCUUUUCUGGGUUUGAUUGUGACGAUCAUUUAUAACAUUAAAGAAAUUUUUCAGAAUGAACAGAAGAAAAACCUGAUAUCUCGGCUGUGCAUCUACCUCAGCCUGCUGGCCUUCAUCAUCACCUUUGUCUCUGGAGUCCAAAACUCCAGCAGACAAAUUGACAUUGAGGUGCAGACUGAUGAUCGGACCAACAACCUCCUGGUCUCAGAUGAACAUGUAGAACCGGACCGCGGCUCAUGUACGGCUGUAGCGGCUCUGCUGCACUUCCUCCUGAUGGCCACCUUCAUGUGGAACAGCGUGAACGGUACUCAGAUCCUGAUUCAGAAAAUACGCCGCAGUCUACCGCCUCACUGGACUCUGCUGAGCAUGGCUCUGGGAUGGGGAGUGCCAGCCUUGUUCAUGGGCAUCACACUGGGGGUGACCUACAGGGUGGACAAUCCUCUGGGAUACAGACAGGAGGAAUUUUGUUGGCUUGCAGCGCUGGAUAAGAACAAACACUUCAGCUUUGAGAAACCUUUGUUUUGGGGUUUCCUCCUUCCAGUCGGCCUGAUCUUGAUCUACAACAUCGUCCUGCUGGUUUAUGUCUCCAUUAAAGCAACCAGGAAGUCCUGCUUCAGGAAGAGUUUCCUUGAAUGCUUCACUCUGGCUGUGUUACUGGGUGUGUCCUGGGUUUUUGGGUAUCUGGUCCUCGUCACUUCAGGAACCAUGAACCUGGUCUUCAGCAUUUUGUUCUGCCUCUGCACAACCACACAGGGUCUUCAGAUUUUUAUCAUCACAGCCACAAUGCCGACCUUCAGAGCCGCCAUGUCCCGAUCAGUGCAGUACCUUUCCUCAGUCAGCAUCUCGUUUAACAAUGUGAAGUACCGUCUGUGGAAGAACUGGCACAAGAACCACUCAGAGAAAUACCAAGAAAGAUGAGGUCAUAACAAGCAGCUGACCCAUGACUUGGGGAUGAUUUUAAAAGC